GCCUCCUGCCGUUGAAUUUCGUGGCGUGUAGGGUGUGCUGCGUGUUUCGGGUCAAUCGUUCCCGUUGUCGUUGGCCUGGUGUUGCCGAUGCUAGUGGCGGUGGUGGUGCGCCGCCGGUGGUUACAUUCGACCGAGAGACAUCGAGGACGGCUAGUUCCUCCGCGAUAAACGAGUGAUGUCAAUGCGAGGACGAGCCGGUCCUCCUAACGCUCAACGUAAUAAUGACUCUAACAGAUGGUAUAUCACGAAUUGAAAUAGCAUGGGAAGAGGAAGACCGAAUCCUGGCGGUGCAAGGCCGCACCGGCGAGGAUAUCGUCGUUGAAUUGAAACUCAAAUCGACGGAAUACACCGGCGAUGAUUUGCAACUGGAGUUCAUACGCGGCGACCGACCGAUGCCACCUAAUCGGUAUCGGCUACAAAUGAGAGGAAACGUCGUGCAACUGACGUUGAAACAAUCGCAAAAGGACGACACCGGUCAAUAUGCUUUAGUAGCGACGAGAAUCGGGCAACCCUUUGAGAAGGGAUCCACUAAGAAAAUUCAUGUGCGCGUCGACGAGCCGAGUUACGAGGAAGGCGAUCCACCCAUUUUUCUCAGAAGAUUGACAGACCUCGCAGUCAAAGUUGGCACCAGAACGAGAUUCCUCGUAGAAAUACGAAGCUCGACGAAUACGAAGGUAAUUUGGCACAGAAACGAUCUACCUAUUCAAGCGGGAUCGAGAUUUUCCUUUGUACACGAGGGUAAUUUUUACUGCGUCGAUGUUGCACCAGUAACAGCGGAAGAUCAAGGUGACUGGACUUGCAUGGCGGAAAAUCAAAAUGGCAGAUCAUCGUGCACGUCGCAUCUGAGCGUCAUCGUGCCCAAAGCGUACAAGAGGCCAGAGUUUGUGGAAGAACUUCGGGCUCUGUUGACGGAAACAGGAACCGUAUCUUUGGAAUGCAAAGUCGUUGGCGUGCCAACCCCGGUAUUGAGAUGGUUCAAAGACAACAAAGAGAUCAAAGCCGGCGACGUGUUUGCUUUAACGGCGAAUCCCGACGAUCCGACGUCUUUGGGAAUUUACACCUGCGAAGCUGUCAAUUGCAUGGGCAGUGCAUAUUCCUCGUCAAAGGUACACGUCGUUGGAAAAGGAAGCCGGGAGGGUUCUUUAAAACCAGCCGAUACGUUAACCAGUUCGGGACCUCCGCCAGUAUUCAAACGAAUACUCCGAGACGAAUGUUGCAGAAUUGGCGAUUCUCUUACACUCUCUUGUCAAGUUCACGUUCCACCGUGGCCAAAGUCGAUAACGUGGUACAAUCAAGAAGGGCGCAUAGAUGCAAACGAAAAGUAUCACGUGAUGGAAGAUGGUCUAGGUGGUUAUUCGAUAGAAGUGAAAUUGGUCGAAGCUAUGGACGAGGGCGAAUGGAAAUGCGUCGCUACGAGUGCGCAAAACGUUAAACAAUUUACGACGUGUCAUGUCGCUAUGAUCAUUCCAAAGAACUACAGGAAACCGCGUUUCAUGGAAAGCUUAAAAGCUGUUCUCACGGAAGAAGGCUUGGUAUCGUUCGAAUGCAAAGUCGUCGGUUUUCCGACUCCCUUAUUGAGGUGGUUCAAGGAUGGACAGGAAUUAAAACCAGGAGACGUUUACCAAUUAACCGGAACCAACUCGUUAGGUUCUUAUUGUUGCAUCGCAAGAAAUUGUAUGGGCGAAGCAAAGAGUACCGCAGAAUUAACGAUCGAAGAUAUUCAAAAUCAAUUGAACGAGGAAGAACGUCUUCAACUAUUGAGUUCCGACAAGCCGCCAAAGUUUAUCAGAGGUUUAAGGAGUUGCGAAGCAAAGAUCAACGAAGAAUUAUUUCGUUUUACGGUGCAGGUGAGCAUUUCGCCGGAACCAACUCUCUCGUGGUACAGAGACGACGUGGAGGUGGUCGAAGGUGACAAAUAUCGUACGGUGAAGGAAAAUCUUGGCACGUGUCAUCUGGAAGUUCGUCAACUAGAAAUUUCCGAUCAAGGCGAAUGGAAAUGCGUGGCUGCUAACGAUUACGGACACAGCGUUACUUCCUGUUUUCUCAAAUUAAUCAUUCCUAAGCAUUACAAAAAACCUAAAUUCUUGGAGAGCUUGCGAGCAAUAUUAUCCGAAGAAGGUGCCGUUAAUUUGGAAUGCAAAGUGAUCGGUGUACCUCAACCGAUUCUCAAGUGGUACAAAGAUGGCGUGGAAUUGAAACCGGGCGAUAUACAUAGAAUAAUUACGGGUCAGGAUGGUACUUGCUGUCUGGGAACGUAUACGUGCGAAGCCAUCAAUUGUAUGGGAACGGUCAGCAGUUCUGCUUCUCUUUUAGGUUUCGAAGACAAAAUCAAUAGAAAGGAUGGCAAAGAAGCCUCACCGAAUGGUCACGAAUUGGCAAGAAAUUUAUCCCUCUCGACGAUUCACGAGGAAAGAACGUCUCAAUUAUACGAUACCCCGCAGACCGAUCGUUCGAUCACCCUCGACGAUAGGGGCGAAGUUUCUUUCAGUUUUGAUGGGAAAGAAGUAUCGGUAAGCCUUUACGAAACUCCCGAUCUCACGGAAGAAGAAGCUCUGCAGAUCGUCGAGAUGUACGCCGACCAAUUGUCCGAACACGUCACGGAGCACAACGUGAUCGAAUUGCCACCGAUGAGGUUCGUUAAAGAGAGCUCGACUUCCGGAAAUCUUUUAAUGGAAGCUGUCGUGAUCGACGUUUCGCCGGAUUAUUUCGUCAGCGCCGAGGACGGGGACGAUCUACGGACGGAAGCAGAUUUCGAGGACGUCUCGAUCAUGGACGAUCAGACUCGGGUCUUCUCUUCCCCCGAAGAGGAAUCCUUGUCGUUGAAGAGGUCGCCCAAAUACAGCUGGGAAGGCGAGGAGAAACCGCCGACGAGGCCCCCGCGAACAAAAUCUACGAGUCGUUCCUCCUCGAAGAGCGACGAGAAAAGUCUCAAAUUCGAAUCGGAGAGUUUUCACAGCGCACGGAAAGACGAGGACCGACCGAUCUCUCCGCUUUCCUCCGAAAGAAUGGACGACGACAGCGAGGCUAUUACUUUCGCGGAUGCCUUGUCUUCCGCGCGAUUUUCUAUUUCGGAAAAGCCAAACAAAUUAACGAACGACGAUGAAAAUAUGCAAAGCAUUGCUUCGAACGUUGAAGAUCCAGCUCUUAGGACCAAUUCGCGAAAGAGAAAACAAAAGAAAGAAAAAAGUAGUUCGGAGGAAUCGACGUCGUCGAUUCCAACCGAUCUCGAUGCUAAGAAAAACAACACCAAGAAGAAAAAGAAGAAGAAGAAAGAGGUUGAAUUUUGUCAGCGUAUCGAAUCGAUCGAUGCACGCGUCGACGAUGACAAAACAUCUGACGACAAGUCCUUGUCGAAGAAUAAUAAAGAACGGAUAUUAAAUAAAAUAGAAAGGUUGACGGAACCGGUAGUCGCGAUUCGCGACUCCUUGGUAGACAUAGAUCGAUACGAGAGAUUUUUAGAGCUCGAAAGCGAAGACCGAUCGAGAGAUUUCGUUUUGGAGUCGAUCGUCAAACCGAUUCAGACGCUUUGCGAGGAAGUAUCUUCGGUAGAAGCCAAGGCUUUGAAGAAUGCUGGUGAUAGAUCUCUCGGUCAAGCGAUAAGAAUAUCUCUGCUGGAAGGUAUCGGGGGCCCUACCGAAGAACUUCUUCGGGGAAUCGAAUUGAUAGAUCGACAACGAAGUUUUCGAGCACAGAGAACCGACGUAAUCGCUAUUUUAGAGUCCUUGACGGAUCCAGUCGAUGAGAUACUAAUGGGACUGACGAGAAUCGAACAAGAGCUGACCGGCAAAGCGAAAGGAGAAAAACCGGUGUCUUUUCUUCGAAUGCGUCGAGUCGUUUCACGUUUCGACGAAAGUUUGAAGAAUCUUUUCGUCAAAGAAACAGAACCUGUCCGAUUGUUUUCCUGCUUGGAUAAAGUAAUCGACACGUUGAACUCAUUUUUGCAAGAUGUUUCGAUAAAUCCAGCGACGGGUACGAUAGAAACGGUCGAUACGGUGCUCGUAGAGUCCUUAUCGAAAUCCAUCGAAGAAACCGUAAGAGCAUUGAAUCGAACCGAGUCCCUCGAAUCGAGUCGUCCUAGCAACGACACGAUUUCUCUUCUAACCGAUCUACUAUUGCAGCCUACUCGAGAAUUAAGGGCCAAAUUGGAUACUUUGACAGCUGCCUUAGAAACAUACGAAAAUAAGGGUGACCCUCUUACGGAACGUCGUGGCAAAUUAAUCGAUUCUUUGAAAGAGUCCGUUAACGAUACCCUUGCGGAAAUUCUCCAUUACCGUGCGAAAGAAGAGCAAGAGGCGAGUAUAAAAAAUGACGAUUGGAAAAAGGAGAGUAAUUUCGUCGAAGAAAGCAAACGCAUCUUCGAAGAUACGCGUUUGGCUCUACGAGAGGCACUCGAAAUUUACGAGACGAUAUCCGGUUCGUUGGAUCCUAGAUUCGCAGCCGUAUUCGAGGUAUUGAAUGAGACCUAUGAUAGAUUGAGUGCACGGGGACAGGAAGCGAACACCUUUGAAACGUUGCUCUAUUCCGUGGAAGAAAGAUUGAAUGUUCUUCGAGACACCGUAACGGACGUAUCGACUAUCAAAGAUUCCGCAAAGGUAUUGAAACUUUUAGCUCCGUCCAUAACUCGAUUGUCUGUCGUUAUGAACGAUUCCUCGUUAAAUUGUUCAUCCGUGCAACCGAUUAUCUCCAUUUGCUCGCACAUAGAGAAUAUUGUUCGCGGAGAGGAGGAUAGAAUUGGAGAAAGCGAAAAGUCGCGAUCCUCGGUGCCGGAAAAACUUCUCGAUCCGUUGAUAGAAAUUCAGGCGACUCUGAGCGCGGCAAUUCAGGAUUUGGAAGAUAUCGAGUUACCUGCGAAUGGCAGUAUCGCUCGUCAACGAAUCCCAAUGGUGCAUGAGUUUUCCUCGACUUUGAUAGACCUGAGGCAAUGUAUAUCCGACGCGGCCCACGCAGCGAUGUCUUCCAACGAAAGCCAAAUAUUUCGUUCUCUGACGGACGUCGAGGAACCUUUGUUGGAUCUUCGAGUUAUCCUGGCAACGAAAGACGACAAGUCUCCUCGGGAGGAACUCGCCGCGAUAAAGGAAUCCUUCUCAACGUCUAUCGGAAAUUUGCAAGACCUAAUGUCUAUGGUUUUGAUUACAGCUUCCUCGUCGAGCGUUGCUAAACCGAUUAAAACGAAAAUGAAAACGGUCUUGAAGAUAUUGGAAGACAUUCGAGUAGAAAUACUAAAAAUACCAAAGGCCACGUACCAUGCUAAAUUGCAGGAUCUAAACGUAGAUGAAAAAUUAGGUAGCAUUAAUUUCUCUUUAACGUCGGUCUUAGAAAAACAAAAGAAAAUCGCGGCUUCUUCGUCAUUGAAGAAUUCGAUAGAAAUCUUGCAGGAGAAUGUUGCAAAUUGUGCUGUGGCAAUCGCUAGCUUGGAAGAACCAAAGGACGACGAAAAGAUAGCGAAGGAAGUGUCACGGUUGGGAAAGCCUUUACAGAUUUUGCAGAGAGCCCUCUUAACCGACGAACAUCAAAUCGAAGAAGAGGAAAUAUUGAACGAUUUGAUCGAACCAAUCGAUAGAUUGAAAACACUGACGGAGGCUGUCGUGGAAGGUGGGAAAUCUUUGGAAGAACUUACUCCCAUCGUAGAGCUGUUGGAAGAAAUAGAAAAAGAUGCAACUUUGAUAGCCAAAGAAACGUCGAAGAAAAAAGAUAAAUUAAUAGGAAGUCAAGAAGAGAAGGCAUCGUCGAAGCAACUGGCCGAUAGAAUAAAUCGUUCUUUGGAUCCUAUACGAAGUUGGCUAUCGACCACCUCCGACCAAGAUACUCUCAGAGACGAGGAAGCGUCUCCUCUGAGCUCCUCGGUCGAUGAACUCAAACGAGACGUUACGAGAAUAGCCAUAGAAACAUCUUAUUCGGAGCCACCGAGCGAUCAGGACUUGAUAGAAGCUUUGAUAGAUCUGCGGGAACCCCUGAUGCGUUUGAAAAACGCUAUCUCCAUGUACCACGAGCCCGAAGAUCUUGCUGCUCUGGAAACGUUGAGUCGACCGAUGAAAUAUCUUUUACAAACGAUAGCACGCGUUUUGGAAGACCACGCCGAGGAAAAAACCCUUCGUUUGAUUUUAGAUAUCGUUGAAGAAAUAGAGAAUCGGAUUCCUAUUUCUAUCAAAGAAGCGCUUUAUAAAAAGGAACUUCGACAGGUAGUCGAGACGUUGGAAGAAAAUCUAUCACCCGCUACGAUGGAUAUCGUAGAAGAACCGGUACGAGGAACAACUUACGAAUCCAUAACUAGCGAAAAUGCAAUUGAGAAAGACUUGAUGUUUUCGUUACCUAAAAUACUUGAAAAUGUUCAAUUGGAAGCCACCAGUAUCCUCGAGGAUUUGGAACAACCCAUGACGGGAGAAAUGACUAUUCCUCAAACAAAAUUGACCGUUGCUCUCGAAGAAUUUACUAAAAUGAUUUCCGCCACGCGAAUAGCUAUUUCCAAUUACGAUAAGGGAGUGAGCAAGGAAGACGAACCGCUUUUGAUUCUUAAUAACUUAUUUAAGCCUCUUACUAUGAUAGAAGAAGCUCUUCGUUUGACCGAAGAACUAGGCGUAGCAGAGCUUUCGGUUCUGAAUCGUCUUAAACAGUCUCUCGAAGACACGGAGAAAUAUAUUCUACGACCGAGUCUCGAAAUAUGCGAGAAAGAUCGAUCGAAAGACACUUUGAAGGAACUUCUUCGAGUAUUGGAUGACACCAAAUCGACGAUACCUAUCGCGAUGAAGGAAGUAAGUUCUAGAAAAGAAAUGUUGGGAUAUCUUCGGGACAUUUCAAAGCCUCUGGAAAGUAUUCUGGAACAAAUGAAAGGUUUGGAGGCCAUCUCGGAAGAUACUAUAGAAAAAGACGUGGCGAAAAUUCUAGUCAAGCCGAUAGAUAUGUUAUUGCAAGCUGUUAAUAAAACAUCGCAGCAAAUUGAAAUUCUCGAUCAACGUAAGGAAGUAAUAAAGGAACUGAGAAACAUGACCGAACCGUUGGUAAAGUUUCUCAAUUGUCUUUCGGUCGUACAAAGGAGUCGUCAAAGUUUAGUUCCAGAAGUAGCGUUACUCGAUGAAAGGAGAAACGUCAUUUUUAAUUCCGUCGAAGAUCUUCGACUUAAGAUUUGCGACAUUCUCGACGAAAUAGCGAGCGUCGAGGAUGGGGGCUUUUUCGAGAAAUCCUUAAUAUUCUUGAACGAUGCCAUUUUGUCCGUUUGCCAGCAAAUUGAAAAAGUAGAUUACUCUCCGAAACCGAGUACCAUGAGAUUACAUUUUCAGGAUUAUCUCAUGAAAUCUUUGAGCCGAUUGGGAGAAACGAUCGACGCUUUGGAAAAGGGGACGGAAUUAUCUGGCGAGGAAAGUAUUUGGAAAUCGUUGGAACCUCUUAAGAAACAAAUAUCCUUGUCUCAAUCGCAAUUUUGUCCAACUUCCGAUGAGUUCAUCGACGCGGAAGCGAUCGUCGAAGGAUUCUUAUAUCCGACCAAUCAACUUCAAUCGGCCCUCGGUGCUCUGAAGGAAAGUAUGGAAGAUAAUGCCACGGCACCGUUUACGAACGUUUCCUUGGGAUUGCUCGAAAAUUUGGCUGAUUCGAUCGCCGAUCUAUCAUAUUCAUUGUCUUCUUAUCGAGCAGGUUUGAUUAGCGAGGGGGCGUCGGAAGGAUCCUCCAUCAUAGAAACGUUCUCCGCUGCUUUGGAGGUAUUAGAGGAUGUUAAAACUUCCAUAACGAGCAUUCAGGAUAUGAUUAAAACCAAGACGAUCGUUGAUACCAAAGAGACGGAACGGAAAGAAGAAUCGAAACAACGCGAGGAAACGGGCUUUCCUUCUCUGAGAGAAAAGAUUGAAAUUAAAGAAGAGGCAAAGUCGACCGAAAAAGAUGAAAGAAUAUCGCACGAAGAGAAAACACGAAUGGAAGAUCAGCCAGAGAAGUCUGAAGCCCUUGGUUCAAUGAUAGAUGAAAGCAACGUAAUCGAAGAGGUCAUGGAUUUGCCAGACGAACGAGUGGAGGAAACAAAAUUUCACCAUAAACUCGAAGUGGAAAAACAAGAAGAAAUGCAGACUAAAGUUGAUGAAAAUAUUCGAGAGAGUGAUGAAUCGGGAGCAAAAUUGAAAGUCGUAGAACGGACGGGUGAAAAGUUGGAAACGGUAGCGUUGCGAGAAAAAGUACACGAUGGAGCGACGAAAGAGGAAAUAAAAGAUGAAAAUGUUGAAAUGAAAUUGGAAGAACGGAAAGUUGAAAAUAUAGUUGAACAAGAGGAGGAACAAAUUGUUGAGCAAAUUUCUUCCGGAAGUAUAGGAGAUUUGGAAAACAAAGAGUCGAAAUCGAGUGCAACGCAGGUAACCGUCGUCGUCGUCGAUGAAAUCAUUCAAGUAUCUAAAGAGGAAGUAGAAAGCGUAAUGGUCGUCGAAGAAAUGUUACGAGCCGAUUUGGAAAGGAAUCGAGAAACAGCAACAGCGGCACCGACGGUAGAAUCAAUUUCUUCGACCACGAGCGAGCCACAAUUUUUAGCGGAAAAAGACGUUAAAAGCGAGGAAACGGAAUUCCUCGAAUCAAAAGGGGAGAGUACGCGAGUUGAUAAAAAUACCGAGAUACUUAAACGAAUAGUCUCGACCCUGAGAACGUUGGAAACGCCUAUGAAAGAUUUAACCGAAUUCAUAAAUUCCGCUAAGAAGGAACCGCUGACUGUUAAAUCCGAAGAAGAACAUAGAAAAAUACGAGAACUAACGGCUUUGAUACAGAUACUAAACGAUUUACGAGCGACGAGCGUUUCCAUACGCUGUACGCCCGCCUUUUCCGCAUACUCCAACUCGAAAGAUCUAUUUUCGAACAUAAUCAAUUCCGUGGAUACCAUGGAACGAGCCACGGCUAGUAUUCUUCUUCUGACGCAAGAACAUCUCGUACCCGAACUUAAAGAAAAAUCGCUUAUUGCUCUAAAGAAUCUUAUAAAUCCUCUAGAGUCGAUAGAGAAAUCAUUUUCCGCUGUAGUUCAAGUUGAAGGAGUGUCGAGACUAACGACGGAGGAAAAGAACAAAUUAUCGAUGACGGUGGAGAAUCUAGUUAAUGUCAUUUGUAACCUUAGGGAAACCGUUUGCGCUAUCGAUUAUGCGAAAUCGGCAACGCUCGUCCAUGCCUUGCAACAACCGGUGAUAAACGAACAGAAAAUUAUACCCGAGGACGCUACGGAAACCGUAGAAAAUGUUCAAGAUGAUCAUCUGCCGAUCUACGAGACCAAAGAAUCGUUGGAAACGUUGAAAGUAUCGACGGCCGCUGUGGUGCAAGAAUCGGUGGUUCAAGAAUCGGUGGUUCAAGAAUCGGUGGUUCAAGAAUCGGUGGUUCAAGAAUCGGUGGUUCAAGAAUCGGUGGUGCUUGUCGAAACCGAAGACGCGAGAGAACCUUUGCGGGAACAAUGCACCACCGCUGUAGUCAGUAAAGAAGAAGAACCUCUUUCUACCUCCGUUCAAAGUUCGUACGUUCAAUUGAUCGAGGAUAUCAUCGUUCCGAUUAAGGAAUUACGAGAAUCUUUUCCUCAAGUAGGACAAGAAGAACAAGAGAGAGCGUUCAUUCAUUCUUUAGAGGAAGUGGAAAAAUCGCUGCGUUUCCUAGCGACCGAACGAGUUGAAACCAUAACUGCGCAGGAUGAAAGCGUGGGAGAAUUGAAACAAGCUACUUUGCAACGAGCAAACGUAACGCCAGUUAUAGAGGAAUUGCAAAAAUCAAUAGCCACGAUCGAAGAGCAGAUAGCGUGCGAAGCUACCUUUGCGCAAGAAGUAACCUUGUCUCUAGAAAAAUUGCAACGUUCGACCGCGUCGUUCCAACAACUCGUGGAAACCGAAAUCGGUUUGGUAUCGACUUCUCAAAGUGCCGCGUUACAAGAAGUACCAAAUCAACUCGAACAAAUCAAAGUCGAAUCAAAGGGAAUCAAAGAGAUCGAGGAAAGCAAAGUUAUCGAAAAAGCAACGUCUUCGAUUAAACAAUUGCGAGAAACGGUCGCAGAUUUGGCAAAGCAGGAAAUCGAAAAGACGGGGGGUACUUUGCAAGAGACUGGACUCGCGUUUGCUUUGACUAAAUGGAUCGAACCAUUAGAAUCAUUGGAAACUACAUUUUCGUCUGUCCUUGAGGAACGGUUGGACGGUCCUCCGUUUAAAGAAUCCAUAGGGCCGACUUUAGAAAAAUUGAAAACGUUCGUGCACGAUACCGAAGAAUAUCUUAUGAUCGGUCAAAAGAAAUUAUCCUCGACGGAAGAUACCGAAAGUCUGUCGUUAAUGAGGAAGGCCACCGAAUCUCUGGAGGAUCUGAAAACGUCCCUAGCGAUCGUUCACGAAUCAAUGAUCGUUGCUGAUCUCAAGGAAAAUCUUUCGGACAUAGAAAGUAUCUCGAUCUCGGCUUUGCAAGAUAUGGCAAAAACUGUCGAAGAAGUUAAGAAAUGCUGUACGGCGAUCUUUUUAGAACCUACGAUCGUAAAUGCCCUUAGUAAAGUAACCCCGGUAAAAGAAAACGUAGCGAUACUCGAGGAUAUUAUCUCCCCGGUUCGUCUUUUACAAGAGUCGAUAGUAACGAUCGAACAAACGAAACUUCACGAAGCCGAGGAAUUGAAAAUGCCGGAAGAGAGGAUGUCGACGAGAUUGUUAAAUACUUUGGUGGAACCGUUGCAACGAUUGGAAAAGAUAUUUGUUGCCGUUAUGCAAGGAGAACACGCGGUCGCGCAGGAAAGUGAAAAUAUUCCGGAAACCGCGGAAGGAGGCGCGGAAGGAGGCGCGGAAGGAGGCGCGGAAAGGUUGUCCCUUCUCCCGGUACUCGAACAAAUGGACAAGACUUUAGCGACGAUAGAAGAGCAAGUAACGUUGGAAGGAGGAGCGGAAAAUAUGUCCAGGAGCACGGAAAAUCUGUCCUUCGCGGAAACGAUAGCCGAGCCGUUGCUCGAAUUAAGGGCAUCGAUAGCAGCCGUCCAGAAGGUGGCCGCGAUCGUUCCCGAAGGAAAUUUGGAGGAACUGUCGGAGACGGAAAACGUGAAUGCCUUGGAGACCUUUGCCAAGUCUAUAUACGAUUUGGCGGAAAGAAUCGCCAUAUCGCGAUUUAACGAAGAAGCGAUCUUCGAGGCUGCGCCCGACACGAUGUCCGAAGGCGGCGCGUCCUCGAUUAAGACUUGGGCGGCGGAAAUCGGCGAGGAAGAACUUCCGGUGAAGAUAACGCGAGCAAUGAUAGUCGAGCAAGGUACCGUCGAGAGUCCCACCGAAGCGGCGUCCCCCUUUUCCGAGGAGGAAGGGACAAUCCUGAGGACUCUCGCUAAGCCGCUCGACGAAUUGCGAGAAUUCCUGGCAGUGAUCGUCGAGGAACGAAGAACCACCGAAAGCACUUGUCCUUUCGAGGUUCUCGGUUCCUCGACGAAGAAGGCCAUCGCGAAGCCAUUAUUAGAAUUGAGAAACGUCGCCGCGGCGAUCAUCGAAGAAAAAAUGGCCAUCGAAUCGACGAGAGAGAAGGCGUUCGGGGGUGCGCCGAUGUCGAUAGAUCCUCUGAUCCAGCCGCUCGAAGAAGUUUGCCGCUCGAUCGCCAUCAUUCAGGAUCGAAUGCUCGUUGAAAGUUUGCAAGAAGAACGUCCCGCCGAGAAGGAGUUAACAUUUUUGAGCGUCCUGGCCGAACCUUUGCUCGAUCUUCAGAGGAGCAUCGUAGUGUUGGAGGAACGCGUUAUAUCUCCGGAUGUUGAGUCUUUGUCGCAAGAUUUAUUAUCCAGACCCAAUUGGUCGACAGCGGAAUGCGUGGCGGUCGCGCCGUUGCACCAAAUCGAAAAGUCGAUAGCUCAAAUUUGCGAAUGCGUUACCACCAUUCAAGCGGAUACGGUUCAAGAAGAUGAACAAAGUCGAAUUAGCCCGCAAGACCGGAUUGCUGUCGACAAGUUGAUAGAACCGGUCGAAGGUAUCAUAGCCUUGAUAUUGAACGUUGGAGAGGAGAUCCUACCGAAGGAAAUGGCUCUUGAACGCAGGAUCGAAUAUCAAGCUUUAAAGAUGCUCGUAGAACCGCUCAAAGCUGUUUCCGCUAGCUUUUCUCUUUUGCGAGACAAAGCCGACUUCGAAAAAUCCGAAGAGGAAGCCAACAUCGACGUCAUUGCCGAGUCUCUUUCUAACGUAGAGAGAUGUAUUUCUAUUCUGGAGGAACAAGCAGUCGAUAAGCCACUCGUUGAGCCAUUUUAUGGCGCAGAAGUAGAUAAAAGCGUGAUAAGUGUCUUGAGAUUGCCGUUAAUGGAAUUAAAAGAGUCGAUUGUAAAGGUGGAGGAUUCCUCGACUAAGUAUCUUCAAAACUUGGAAAAACCAUUGAAAAAUCUUCACGCAGUUCUACAAACAAUAUCAACGGCUCAACAAAAUUUAAUGGCAAUUCAUUCGGUGACUCGGCAUACGUUACCAUCUAUUCAAAUGACAAGACUAUCGAUCAAAUUAAUAGAUCUUAUUGUCGGCAUUAAUGAAUCUGUUCAGAGUGUAGAAAAUAAGAUAAAGGAUCGAAUUGGACAAGCAAAUAUUGACAAAUGUAUUGAAUGCAAACAAUUACAAAUGUUCAACGCGUCUGUUCAAGAUUUGAAAAAAUGUAUAGUCAAAAUUCAAGAAGAAGGAACGAUCGAAAAAGGAUUCAUGUUGGAAUCUCUUAAUAAAAUUCAUAAAUCUGUUGCUGUCAUCGAACAGCAAAAUUCUUCUAAAUCAGAUACACGAUCGAUAGACAUUGACGAGAAGCAAACCAUUGGAAUACUUCAACUUUUAUCUCCAUGCUUGUGUGAUUUCGAUGCUACCGUUAGAACCAUUAAAACAACGAAAGAAGAAGAUGUGACGAGCAAUCAUUUGCAGAUAUUAGAAAAACCUCUUUGCGAUUUACUAAGUAAUCUCAACGAUCUACGCGAUAAAUUAUUAUUCGGUCAACUUUUAUGGACGACUGAUGUACGAGUAGAUACGUAUGAAGAAAAGGAUCGAACAGAAUUAAAAGAUAAUGAAAUUAAACUGCAAGAAAAAGAAGAGGAACAGCCCAAAAUAGAGGAACCCAAAGAUUCGCAGUUUAAACAAAAGAAGGAUGAAAGAUUGAAACGCGAAGAAGAAGAACGUAAAAAGCAAGAAGAAGCUGACACGUUAAAACGCGAGGAGAAAGAACGUAAAAAGCAACAAGAAGCUGACAAACUGAAACAAGAAGAAGAGGAACGUAAGCUAAACGAGAAAAAUGAAAAGUUGAUACGCGAAGAAAAAGAACGUAAAAAACAAGAGGAACAAGAGGGAGCUGAGAAACUGGAACGCGAGGUGGAAGAACGUAAACCUAAGAGGGAAGCUGCAGAAAUGCAAGUUUCGGUCGGGGCUGCUAAAGAGAAAGAAGAUUUUAAAGAAAAAGGUGAAAAAGCUGUAAAGGAUGUUUCUGGUCCCGAAAAGCACGAUGAACCAGCUAAAGUAAAAGACGAGGUGGAAGAUGAAAUGGAAUCGAAGCAAACCGAAGGAGAAAUAAAAGAUGCAGGGAAGAUAAAGUUUAGCGAGGAACGAAAAAGAAGGCAGCAACGAAUGAAAGAGGAAGAAGAAAGAAUGAGACAAGAGAAGGAAGAAGAGAGAAGAGUGGACGAAGAGAGAAGACGUAAACGGAAAGAACGCAGGAGAGAAGAAGAGGAAGCGAUGUUAGAGAAGGAAGCAGCUGAAAGAUUAAGAAUCGAAGAGAAACGUAAGAAAAGAAAAGAAGAAGCAGAGGAAAGCAGAAAAAGUAGAGAAGAAAAAUUAAAGAAACAAGAAAUGGAACGGUUGGAACGCAAGAGAGCCGAAGAACGCCAGAGAAAAGAAGAUCUCGAAAGGAUGAAAAAGAAAGAAGAAGAAAGAAUGAAUACAAGAGAGAAUGAGAGAAAAGCAAGACGCGAAGAAAGUGCAAGAUUUCUAAAGGAAGAGGAGGAUAGAUUGAGACGGAGACGCGAGGAGGAAUUGUCCUUGAUAAAUAAGAGACGACGAGAAAGAGCAAGGGACGAUACGUGGUCGAGACUAAGAGAGAACGAAUCUGAUAGAUUUUACAAUAGACGAAGUAUAGACGAGGAAUUAAGUAGGAGUAACAGAUCUCAUCGUUUCGAUUCCGAUUUACAAUUAGAAUCGACGCUUUCGGACACGUCCAGAUCGCACAGUUGGAGAGAAUCUCUCGCUUCCUCUGGAAAAAGAAGCAUCGACGAUUACAUGGAUUACAAAUUACACGAGAGCUCGUUAAACAGAUCUCUGUACGACGUUGGCUCUUAUUAUGGUACAAGAAGACGAAGAGAAGAUCGUAUUAACAGAGCAAGGUCGAUCAGCUUGUUAAAAUACGACGAGUAUCAUACGGGCGAUACCGAUUAUAACCUUUCUUACAGCUCGGCGAGUAAGCCUCCUAGAUGCGCUAGAAUCAAGAUCCCUUCUUACAUCGAGUACGACGAUCUUGAUUCGAGUACUUUAGAGAGUAUCGUGCAGGAUAAAGGAAAGAAACCAUCGUUCUGUACGCGACUUACCAAUAGAACGGUAGGCGAAGGUAUGAGAACGAGAUUAACAUGCACUGUUUUGGGACAUCCCGAACCGCGCGUUUAUUGGAAAAAGGAUGGUCAAGAGUUAUCACCCUCGUCAAAUAAGCAUCUAAUUAAAUUCGACAAUGGCAUGGCUUAUUUUGAAUUAAAAGAAGCUCUUGUCGAGGAUUCCGGAGUAUACACCUGCGUCGCGGAAAAUACUCACGGAUCCUCGUCUACCGAGUCAACUUUGAAAGUCUACAGAGACUUUGUACAACCAUUAUCGCCACCGAUGUUUACCAAAUCCAUUAAAGAUACGUAUCGAUAUUCCGAUCACGAAUUAGUGUUAGAAUGCCGAGUUCGUGGAUAUCCAAGCCCUACGAUUACCUGGUUUAAAGAUGGACAAAUUCUCGACGAUGCAAGAUAUACUCAAAAGUAUUUAGACGACGACAUUUACCGAUUGGAAAUAUCGAAUCCUAAUGCUUCGGACAGUGGACGUUACAUUUGCAGAGCGAGCAACGAAAUACAAUCCAGCGAAAUAUCGCACAUCGUACACUUCGAAGGACGAGAUGAAACGUCUACUUGUAGAAGUAGACAUAAUCGAUUCAUGGAGGAUGAGACGAGUAUCGAAGCGUCCAGGAGACCUCGCUUCUCGAGUCUUUUGAGUGAUCACAGCGUACCUACCGGUGGUACCAUUGCUCUUCAAGUCGAAGUCAAAGGAAUGCCAGCACCGGAAGUGAGAUGGUUGCACGGGGAACGAAAAGAACCAAUUUCCAUAUCAAAAGCGAAGACUUUCAUCGAAUCUGGCAUUCAUACUCUUAUCGUACCGGAAGCAACAGAAUCGGAAAGAGGUACCUACAUUUGCAGGGCAGUGAACGCUUACGGAUACGUCGACACAGCUGCUACGAUCGAAAUAAUAUCUCCUAGCGCGAUCGACGGUGGAAAACCGGCAAUGUUCGUUUCCAGACCUUCGGAAAAAUCCAUUGCGGUGGCUAUCGGGGAAGAUGUCAGUGUAUCUUUUAGAGUCACCGGUGUUCCGAAACCUCGAGUAACAUGGAUGAAAGGUUUAAAAGAUAUUACGGAUGGUCCGCGAUCGUACAAAGAAGUUAUCGAUGACUACGUCAGAUUGACUUUGAAAAGGGCAGUACAAACCGACGAAGGCACUUAUUGUAUUUUGGUGAAGAAUCGCUACGGAUGCGAUAGAAGUUUCUUCUCGAUUUGGAUUAAGCAAAGAGCGAGAUCGCUAACACCGUUGCCCGACUGGAAUCGCUCUGAUGCAGGAAGUAUACAAAACGAGGAUGAAUUGUCUUACAUAAAAGAUGUUCCUGGAGCAAUCGGCAGCGAGCCAAUAGUCAUCGAUGGAGGAAGAAAUUGGUUGUCCUUGAGUUGGGCCAAGGCAGAAAGGAAAGGACCAGCUCCGGUGAUCGCCUACAAGGUGGACGCAUGGUUGAUGGGUGGAGAAGGCGGUGCUCGUUGGGCCGAGCUGGGCAUCACGCCGAUCAACGCCUUUGACGCGUUCAAUCUUCGCCCAGGUGGAGAAUACAAAUUUCGCGUGACGCCACGAAAUCGAUACGGAUGGGGCGAAUCUGUUACGAUGUCUAGUUCCGUCACGGUCACCGAAGUCCUCGAUCUUCCAGAAUUCACGAAAAUUCUCCCCGGUCAGCUGAAGGCUCUUCAAGACACGACGAUCAAAUUGGAAUGCGAGAUUCGCGGUGAUUCCAAUAUAAAUAUGAAAUGGUAUCGCGAAACAACCGAGAUCAAUCCUAACAACGACUCGAGAUAUUCCAUCGGUAGGAGAGGUUUCAGGUGCUCUCUUACGAUAGAAAAUAUAAAAGAAGAUGAUUCCGGUAGAUACGUUUGCGAGGCAUCGAAUAAAAUUGGUAAAGUGUCGUCUUUUGCUAGAGUGCUCGUAGUCACCGAUCCGAAGAUCAUCGAAGCGGAUGAAAAACUUAGAUCUAGAAUUUUGGGAGAUGAACGAGAAGAAAGGCCGCCGCAGUUCGCCAUGAGAUUACGAGAUAGACGGGUUCAAGUAACUUAUCCGGUACGUUUAACGUGUCAAAUUAUGGGUUAUCCUGCUCCCGAGAUAAUUUGGUUGAAAAAUGGGCUGGAAAUUCCUCAAGAUGAACGUCACGUCGUUUGGGACGACGAGUCGAACUUUCACACUUUAGAGAUAAUUCAUUCGACGCUCGAAGACUCCGGAUGUUACAUGGUAACGGCCAAAAAUAUCCAUGGCUCGGUGUCUUGUCGAUCCGUCCUCGUAGUCGAUAAAGGAAUUCGUGCUUACGUUGCUCCAGAAUUUCUCUAUGGCUUGGAUGCAGCUUACACCGUAAGAUUAAACGACGAAUUACGAAUGUCAGCUCAGAUCGAGGCUUAUCCUAGCGUGGGCGUAGUAUGGCAUCGCGACGGGUUGCGUCUACGACCUAGCAGAAGGACUAUCAUGACUUUAAGCCACGACGGUACCGUCGAAUUAUCUUUGGCAAAAGUUAGCAGCAGGGAUGCCGGUGUUUACAGUUGUACCGCGAUCAAUGAAGUUGGCCGAGCUGAGACAUCCACGCGGGUCAACGUUAUCGUCGAAUCCGAUGAACCAAACGACGAACAGGUGCAAUCUCUUUCCGAAGGAUUGCCAACGGUGACGAUAGCUUCUCCCGAUGUUCCAUAUUCAAAGGAACCCCUAUUUGUCACGAAACCUUUAUCAACCGAAGCUCUCGAAGGAGACACGGUCAUUAUACUUUGCGAGGUCGUUGGCGAUCCUAAACCGGAAGUUAUCUGGUUGCGUGACUUCCUAAAGCCCGAUUACUAUAGAGACGCGCCUCAUUUUCGGCUGGUGGGUAAAGGUCCUCAAUACAGAUUGGAAAUACCUUACGCGAAACUCGACUUUACCGGAACGUAUUCGGUCAUUGCUCGAAAUUGUCAUGGAGAAGCGAAAGCCGUAAUCUCUUUGCAGAUCUAUGCUAAAGGUCAGGGUAAAGAAACGACGAUGAAAAAAUCGGCGAUUACGCACGGGAAGGUACUCACCUUGCCCAUGGUAACAAGGGAACUCCGAGAUAUAAGAUGUUGCGACGGCGACGCUGUAACUUUGGAGUGUAAAUUUCUUGCCACACCAGAACAACCUAACGUUCGCUGGGAAAAGGGUGGAAAGAUAAUAACCAUGGGAAACGAUUUUACAAGUGAAUUCGAUGGCGAAGUAGCACGACUGAGCAUCCAACACGUUUAUCCCGAGGACGAGGGAGAGUACACGUGCGUCGCUUACAACGAACUUGGAAAAGCAUUCACGUCGGCUUGCAUAGUUGUCGAUGUACCCGAAGGGAAAGAAAACGUACUAAGCGAAAGAUUAACGCGACCGGUUGGCCUACUAUCGGCAGGAUCAACGCCACGAUCGACUCCACGAUCGACGCCUAUCAGAAGUUUGUCUCCUGCGGUUUCUCAUGGCCGCGAGCUAAGGUCUCCUCAACUUCCACCGCGAUGCGGUUCGACGAUAAAACGAACAAAAUUCAGUCCACCGAAAUUUUAUUCCGUACCGCACAAUCGAGUGGUCGAAGAAGGCGAAACCGUGCGUUUCCAAUGCGCGGUUGUUGGUCAUCCGACGCCCUGGUUGAAAUGGGAUAAGAACGGAAUCGUUGUCACCCCGACCACGAGAAUUUCUAUCGUGGAAAAAGACGACGUAAAGAUCCUGGAAAUCGGCGAGGUCACCCAAGAGGAUGCUGGACUUUACAGAGUUCGUUUGGAAAACGAUUUUGGUAGAAUCGAGGCUAGCGCACGACUCGAAGUGAUAAGUCGGCAUGGAUCUUUAGGGCGAACAAUAAGAACUAGAAGUGCCUCCCCGAGAACUUAUCCUUAUUUUUCUCGAAAUCUUCUCGACACAACUACUAGAACGGACGGUCGUCUUCGACUGCAAUGCGGCCUAAGAGGAACUCCUAGUCCGACGCCGACGUGGUACAGGAAUGGACGACCUUUGACCCGUUCAAAUAGAAUAAAAAGACACUUUGACGGGAAAAUUGCAAAGAUCGAAAUUUCUAAAGUAAAAGCUAGCGACGCAGGCGAGUACAGUUGCGUGGCAACUAACGUCCUUGGCUCUGCGAGAAACACCUGUCAGGUAACUGUACUUGACCCAAACGACUCUUCGACCUUGGACAAAGAAUCGCCUAAAUUCCUGCAAUCUCUUCCCAAAGAAUCGAUCGUUAUGGAAGGAAAUUCUUUCGAACUUCGUACUAGACUUACUGGCACUCCCCCAUUCUCGAUCCAUUGGUUAAAAGAUAAACGCGAAAUUCCCGACGGUGACUGCCAUCAUUACGUUUUAUAUAACGAUGGUGGAAUCGUCCUUAGACUCUCCGAUGUCCAUCCAGAAAACGCUGGAGAAUAUGCAUGCAUCGUUCGAAAUGAAUUUGGUGAAAUUUCUUGUAGCGGUCUCCUUGCCGUCCAAGAUUAUAAGACUAUUCGAAAUCUCGCGCCACGAUUUAGCAAAACGCCGCUAACUCGAAUCGUCGCGAAAGGCGAGACCGCGUGUUUCUGUGUACGAGUACAGUGCGAGAAGCCGAUGGACUUCUUCUGGACUAUUAAUGGAAAAGACGUUAGGGAUAAUGCUAGAUGCAAGGUCGAGAAAGACGGAAAUGUCUGCAUUUUGAAAGUACACGAGGUCUGUUCACGAGACGCGGGUGAAAUUCGUUGUACGGCUUCCGUCCUGGGCAAUGGUCCAUCGAUCUGCUGUACAACGGAAUUGCAAUUGAACCGAGGCUCGUGUACAUUCGAAAAUUGCACAAUUUCAAAUUCGAAGAAAGAACGGACGAUGGCUCAUAAUCGUGAAAAAUCCCCGUCACCGUUGCCGUCGCCGUCAACGUCGUUUCGUCGUACGCCCCUUUCGAGCUCUUGUAGAAAAUCUAUAAAAGAACGACAUAUUCUUUCGACGAACGCAUCCUGUCAACAAGAGGACAACAAAUUUCAACGCGCAAGAUCGUCUUCGCUUCCUUUAAGAAAGAAAGUAUCCAGUCCUAAAGAACUUUCUCCAUUACCGAAGAAGAAAAAUGUACUUCUUCCAACGGAUCGAAGCAAUCUCUCGAAUAAGCAGAAAAACGAAUCUGAUGCAAUAGAUUUAAUACCAUCUAUGUGCACGGAACGAUCUCUAUUAACGUCAAGUCCGGACAAGGAAUAUAUCAAAGAUGAUGACGAAUCGUCCAAUCAAUUGGACAAAUUUGUAGCAGCUACGAUCGUGAAUGCGCCUAACGAUGUAACAGUUUUCAGAGGUAACAAGCUCGUGCUCGAUAUUACCUACCGUGGCGAUCCCGAGCCCUUAGUUAAAUGGUUCCGUGCGGGUCGAGAAUUAAAAUCCGAGGAGAAAAUUCAAAUUACUUACGGUGCUGGUGUCUCUUAUUUAACGUUGGAUAAUAUAACGGCGGAUCAUGCUGGAAAAUAUGAAGUGUCGGUGGAAAACUUAUUAGCGAGAAAUCGACAAUUUUUUAGUCUCGCUGUUGAAGGACCACCGGAUCCACCGGCAGGCAUUCCAAACGUUACAAGUUCAGAAAAUUCGGUAACGAUUACCUGGAGUUCACCGGCUUACGACGGUGGCUGCACAGUAACCGGUUAUACUAUCGAGAUGAAUCGAGCAGAUGAAAACUCGUGGACGGUUAUCGAUGAAUCUUGUCAUUCUCUGAGUCACACGGUGCUUGCAUCGUCAAAGAAUUCAAUCGUCGCUGGUGAAAGCUACCGUUUCAGGAUCAGAGGGGAAAAUAUACAUGGAGUCGGUGAACCCAGUGUGGAAUCCGAGUUCAUUAGAAUACCUCGAGAAGGAGAAACGAUUAUACAAAAGGAGGAAGAGGAAGAGUUUUCAGUAGCUUUCGAAGCUCGCACGGUUCAUGCAGAAGACUCGCAAUUAUUCGUCGAUAGAUAUGACGUCUUCGAGGAACUAGGUAAAGGUCGCUAUGGCGUAGUAAAAAGGGUCAUCGAAAAAUCCUCGAAUGCGAGUUUCGCCGCGAAAUUCGUACGAACGAUCAAAAGCAAAGAUCGUGAACAAGUUCGCGAGGAAAUUAAUAUUAUGAAUAUUCUCAGACAUCCGAAGCUUCUUCUUCUAGCAGCUGCGUUCGAAGGUCCUCGAGAAACAAUAAUGAUCACCGAAUAUAUUUCAGGUGGUGAACUUUUCGAGCGAGUGGUAGCAGAUGAUUUUACUCUAACCGAACGGGAUAGCAUACUUUUUAUGAGACAAAUUUGCGAGGGGGUCAAAUACAUGCACGAAAAUAAUGUUGUACAUUUGGACCUAAAGCCAGAAAACAUAAUGUGUCGAACGCGAACUUCGCAUCAAAUCAAGCUUAUCGAUUUCGGAUUAGCGCAAACUCUUAAACCAGAUACACCGAUCAGAGUUUUGUUCGGUACACCGGAGUUCAUACCACCUGAAAUUAUAAGUUACGAACCGAUCGGGACAGAAUCGGAUAUGUGGAGCGUCGGUGUCAUCUGUUAUGUACUAUUAACCGGAUUAUCACCGUUUAUGGGGGAUAACGAUGCCGAGACCUUCGCAAACAUAACGAGAGCUGAUUAUGAUCUAGAUCACGAAGCUUUCGAUGCUAUUUCUAAUAAUGCUAAAGACUUUAUCACUGGUUUGCUCGUUAAGCGAAAAGAAUCGCGUAUGUCAGCAAGCCAAUGUCUAGAACAUCCGUGGAUGGUUCAACAUACUGAAAAUAUGAGUAGAGUGGCAUUACCGACAGACAAGCUAAAGAAAUUUAUCGUACGCAGAAAGUGGCAGAAAACAGGAAAUGCCAUUCGUGCGCUAGGAAGAAUGGCAAUUCUUUCGGCGAACAGUAGGAAAAGUCCAACGACGACAACUGAGUGUUUGGAAACGAUCGAUUCGACCAACAAUACGGACAGCCUUCUAAUUAACAAAAAUGAAAAAUCUGUACAUUCGGAUAGAAGAAACGAUCCUAAUGAUACGAUGAUCGAGCUAGAAGAAAAUUCGGACGAAUUCGUAGGAACCCGACGAAAGAGUAGCCUCUAUUCGUUUUGUUACAAAACGGAAGUCAAUAUUCCUUUGCAAGAAGAAUCGGACGGCAAGGCAGACAAAGACGAAGAAGAAGAAGAAGAAGAAGAAGAAGAAGAAGAAGGAGGAGAAGAAGGAGGAGAAGGGACUGGCGUAGAGAGCAAAUUAUCCGUAAUCGAUAGAGAUUACGUAUCCGAUAGAUCUGAAAAUCAACGACGAGUCUUUCGAGGUGACUCGCGUGAUUCCGGAAUUGGCGAUUGCAGUACGAAUUUAGCGACUUCGUCGUUGCAAUUAGACGAGUUGGGAAUCGUUUCUAUCAUCGAAGAAGAAACGGACUGCGAGAGUAGUUCGAAAUCUUUGAGAGAUGAUACAGGGAGUACCGAGGCUACCUCGCAAAGUAGCCCAAUUAAAGCUUCGCCUGAGACUAAUCGCGUUCACGAAGAUGCCAAUGAAAAUCAGGAUGCAAGGAUGAUCGUUGCUCGCAAUCGAGACAAAUUUGUGCCUACGGGAAACGUUAGUCGUAGAGCAAAGAUGUUUGAACAGGAAGCAGCGGGCUUAAAAUCAUCGCCAACAUCGCAAAUUCAAAUCGUACAUCGCGCGUAUCCGGCAGCAACGAUGGCCACUGGUAAACCGCACAACGAAAGGAUACAACGAGUCUUUGCUUUUUGGAAUAAAUAAGGAGUCUUUUUUAGUUUUGUUUUUUUCUAUUCCGACAAACCAGCGACGCCGUAUUUAAUUUUGUUUUCAUUUCAUCGCUCACUCACACGCGAAAGCAUACAAUUAUAACCGAAUACAAAUCUAAUAAGAAUAAGAAUCUUGUUCAAAUGUUAAUCAGUUUUUUCGACAAGACCGAAUCAUAGAAAAACUAUCGUGUCUAUAAUGUUAGUGUAGAUACUUAGUGAAAAAUAAAAUGUACACGAGUAUUGUUAUAGUCAGA